AUGAUAGUGACUUUUCUGCCAAUUGUUUUACUGGGCGACAAUUUUGUUGGUCCCAACGGUGGUGCCAUAUUCGUGCAAGAUAUCGUUGUGGAUGGUGAACUGGUAUCCGACUGCACAGUGACGGCGACUUUCGACACUAUGCAUCUUAGCAAAACGAUUUUAGACCGAUCUUUUAGCCGAACGAGCACCUUUCAGGACCCCAUCGAGAAGCUCGCAGAUAACCAUGAUUUAGAUCCAAUGCAGAGCAAUCCGAGUCGUCGACCAUCAUCCGCGCCAAAUUUUUCAGAACUAUCUUCACCCGAUUCCGCAUUUGCUGCAUGCCUGAAGCUGUCAUGUAAUCCUGCUGGUAUUAAUACUAUUUGUCGGAAACAUGAGUGCUCAUGGCGCGACGAUACAGUUCGCUGGAUGGUUUCAAGCGGAGCUGCUGGUUCCUCGAAUCCAUUAACAGGAAUUAUGACGACGCCGGCUGGAAUACAAACAUUCCUGGUAGCAUCCUAUAACGAUGACAACAGAAAUGCAACAUAUCAGAUGAUCAGUCCGCUGAUAAGCAUUCCAGCUUCUGCGCAGCCCAUCUUUUUUUUUUGGUUACGGCUUGUCUGUACGGCUGCGCAAUGCCAGCUUGAAACGAAUCAGUCCACACUAACCAUUUGCUGGGAACUAAUACUCGAAAUGCUGAUCCUGAAGUUUGUGAAUCCAACAAAAAAUCCGGAACUGAAUCUCCAUUUUGGA